AUGUCACUGGAUGAAGAAAUCCGGGAAGAUGCAGACGUUUCUAACGAUCACUUCAAAUUGGAUGCAUUAUCUCUGAAUAAACCUCCAGAAGAAGUGUUUGAUAUUGUCGGAAAACUUGGUGAAGGGUCGUAUGGUUCGGUACAUAAAGCAAUCCAUAAGGAAACAGGGCAUGUAUUGGCUGUAAAGAAAGUUCCUGUUGACACAGAUUUACAAGAAAUAAUUAAAGAAAUCAGCAUUAUGCAGCAAUGCAAUAGUAAAUAUGUGGUCAAAUAUUAUGGUUCUUACUUCAAAAAUUCCGAUCUUUGGAUUGUUAUGGAAUAUUGUGGUGCUGGUUCAGUUUCUGAUAUCAUGAGGAUCAGGAAAAAAACAUUGAAUGAAGCUGAAAUUAGUGCUGUUACAAGAGAUGUUUUGAAAGGUUUACGUUAUUUACACGAUUUAAAGAAGAUUCAUCGAGAUGUGAAAGCUGGAAAUAUUUUACUUAACAUGAAAGGGCAUGGAAAGUUAGCUGAUUUCGGUGUUGCAGGCCAAUUAACGGAUACUAUGGCUAAGCGAAAUACUGUUAUUGGGACUCCAUUUUGGAUGGCACCGGAAGUAAUCCAAGAAAUUGGAUAUGAUACUAAAGCUGAUAUUUGGUCUCUUGGUAUUACUGCAAUGGAAAUGGCUGAAGGCCGACCACCACAUGCAGAUAUACAUCCUAUGAGGGCAAUUUUCAUGAUUCCAACAAAACCUCCACCAACGCUGAAAAAUGAAGCUGAUUGGUCAAUUGAUUUCAGGAAUUUCAUUAUGCAGUGUUUAAUUAAAAACCCCGAUGAAAGAAAAUCUGCUAAGGACUUGCUUGAGCAUUCAUUUGUGGCUACCGCGCAUCCAUCAACUGUUUUGCUAAAUAUGAUUGAUGAAGCUCGAGUCAUAGCAGAUUCCACCGCUGAAGAAAUUCAGGAACAUGUAGUAGAUGAACCAGGAGACUCAACUCUUGUACAAGAAAAAUUACUUAGCGAUGAUUCAAGAGAAGUUGAUGAUAUGACGCUUAUACGACAUGAUGUUCCGCCAACACCAACAAACGGUGAUACUUUCAAAACAUUUCCUGCCGAAACAAUUACUCAUCAGAUGAAUUCAGUGCGACUUUCUGAAGCUCGACCUCCAGGAGACACUGGUUAUGUGCAUAACUUGCAGCAAAAGAAUGCAGUAUCUGAAGGAGAAAGAUCUUUGGAAUUACCCAGCCAUAAGUUGUUAUAUGUAAAUCAAAAAGUAAAAGAAAGAAAACAUGGUCAUCCCGUUCCAGUUAAUGGUGGAUUCCCUUAUAAUGAUGCAGUUGAUAACGCUGGUGCACAACGAACAUUCUCUAGCACUGAUUCUUCUUACGAUACUUCAUAUUUUGAUCAACAUUUCAAUAAAGCAUACUUAGAUGGAGAUUAUAGCUUCCUGGCUGAACUUCCAUUAGAAGAUUUAAUAAGGAGAAAAGCUAACUUGGAAGCUGACAUGGAUAUCGAACUACGUGAGUUGCAAGCACGUUACCAAACUAAGAGACAACCGAUUUUAGAUGCAAUCGAAAAUAAAAAAGCAAAAGCAGCUCAGUUUUAA